AUUAUCAAAAGCCACGAACUCACAUUCACAUUUUGAAAACCCAAUUAUAUACAUAACCUCAUCUACCAGCAAGAAAUCUUAAUUCUUAGCCUGCACUCAAAGAACUAGACCUAUACAUACAAUCUUAAAACUAAACCCCAGACCUCUCCAUCUCUUCUCCUACCAAGAAAACUAUCUCAAAAUGUCAACCCAACCGCAACAACAGCCGGUGGUGGUUUAUCCCAACACCGUCGUCGGACAGCCCCCGCCGGCUUCAAACUCCCACUCAAAUGGAUCAUUUGGGACAGUUUUUAUAGUUCUUGCUGUUAUUAUUGUUAUAUCAGCUAUUGCUUGUUGUCUUGGUAGACUUUGCAAAAGACGUCAAGCAGCAGCAGGAGGCAACCAUAAACAGGGUAAUAAACCUAAUAAUAAGCAGAGCCAGCAAAAUCCCAAUUUUAGACCAAAAGAAAGGGGAAGGGAAAGGGAAAGGGAAAGAGAAAGAGAAGGGGACGUUGAGUUUGGGUUUGACAAGGGUUUUCCAGUAGGCAGGUCAACAGGAAAUGGAGAUGGGAGAGGACAUAAGCUAUCUGAAAAUGGUCAUAAUAAUAUUAAUGGCCAUGGACAUGGACAUGGUCAUGGUCAUGGACAUCAUAUGAAAGGUGAAAGUUAUUCAGUUGAUGAUGGACAGCUAAAGCCUGGUCCAUAAGGUCAUCGAGGGUUGUAUUAAUUUCUUCAUGCAUGUUAUUUUCUGUUUGGUUAAUUUCCAUUUAUAUAAUACUUCUUUUUCUUAUUUUUUAGACUGCAGCUUGAAAUAUGUAAUUAAUUAAUGAAACUUCAUUAAUUACUCUCUUCUUUCUCUCUUUUUAUUUUUAUUUUUUUAACCAUGAUAUAUGGUGAAAUUUAGAUCA